CGUGCAAUGAGGACCACUUAGGGUUCUCCCAAUAUUUCCUCUAAUCUAUUUCUAUUUAUUUAUUAUUGGAUUUAUCCAUCACCCUUCCCUGAGAAAGGGUGGUUUCCACCGUCUGGUAAAUAUCAGUUCUUUGAAAUUACACUGUAAAAUAUCAGUUCAGUUGAAAAUAGAUCAACAUAGACUCCCGCAGGCUUCGUGACUUGAGAGCUGCAGGCUACAACUAAACAAAUGAAGUGUCUUUUAAAAUCCCUUUUAAAGUAUUGGUUUUUUUGGUUUGUUUUUCCAGUAUUUGUGUUGAUUGUUUUAAUAUGUUUUAUUGUUUGUCAUUUAUCUUAUGCUGGUCUGAUUGUAACAAAUAUUUGAUUGAUGAUCAGACUUUCCCUUUAGGUUUAUUUAUUUUGUUUGUGUAAUGAUGCUCUUGUACCAUGGGGAUGGGUUGGUUUGAACUGGCAAAUAUUGCGUUGUGAUUUUACAUUUUAUUAUGACUUUUUUAUUUUUUAAGGAAUUUUUACUGUUAUUGUUACAAAUUAUGUAGCAUUUUAGGUUCUAGGGUUUUUUUGGGGGGGGGUGGAGGGAUAUUACAAACCUAUUUCACGCCAUAUGGGGGUUUAAUUAUUUAUUUUGUUUGAUUAUUUUAUAAUACUUAUAUCCUUUAGUAAGGGAUUAAUUUGAAUUGACAAAAAUGUAUUUUUGAUUGUAUUGUGGCUUACAUUUUUAAAGGAAUUAUUAUCAUUGGUCUUGUAAUAAUUGUUACAAAUUAAGUAGUGUUUUAGGUUUUGGGGGUUUUUUUUGGGUGGUGCAGGGAUAGGGAUUUUACAAACAUAUUUCGUGCCUUAUGGUGGGUUUGAAUCUUUGUGUACUUUUUUAUUUGUUUAACGGGGAGUUUAAAUUGGGCCUUUGGGCCCUCAAGGAUUCUCCUGAAGGGGUUUGAAAUGUUAUGUAGUCCCUUGAGUGAAUUUGAGUGUGUUAAUGACGGUUUUAAAUUUGCAUAGAAGGUUAAAGUUUGGUUUAUGGGGAAUUUAUGUUUUAUGCCUUCUUCUUCUGCCCUCCUGAAUUCUUGGCCUGUUCGAGAAUGAAGUCUAUGCCUUGGAAACAAUCCUCUUAGCUGCAUGAGAGCUGGUUGAUCAUCCGCUCCAGAUUUAGCUCUCUCGAAUAUGAAUGAAGAAUCUUUAACUCGUUACUGGGGCCAGGCCUUCUAGUGGAAUCUUCCAAUUCCUUUGCAGCCAUGCUGGCCUCUCGCCUGCCUUGAAGAUCUCUCUUUGUAUUUGUGUAAAGUUGGUGCCGCAAUGAAUUCAGGCUUGUGGAGUCAAGAGAAAGGCGGCUCGUCUUAUUGGGAAGAGCGUAUAUUUUAUUUGCUUCUCCAAGAAUGUAGUGUUAUAGACAAACAGACCCAGAAGUUAUUGAAGGUACCCAAGGGGAGCAUCGGCCAGUUCAUUCAAGACCGUUCCUCUGGAGGACAUACCAGAAGUAUCCCUAAAAGUAAAAAAGUGCAAGUCGGAAUCAAGAUUUUGGAGCAGCCUCACGCCAUCCUGUUUGUGGACGAGAAGGAAGUGGUAGAAAUAAAUGAGAAAUUAGCAGAACUGCUCUUGGCAAUUACCAAUUGCGAGGAAAGAUACAGUAUAUUUAAGAACAAGGACAGACUGGCUAAAGGUCUCCACAUAGAGGGUGGUUCACCAGUGAGAGUGCAGCUGAGAUCAGGAGAUGAAAAAUAUCCUGGAGUUGUGCGGUUUAGAGGACCAUUAUUACAAGAAAGAUCACUGUCUGGGAUUUUUUUUGGAGUUGAGCUUCUGGAAGAAGGUCGCGGUCAGGGCUUUACCGAUGGACAGUACCAAGGCAAACAGCUGUUCAGAUGCGACGAAGACUGUGGCGUUUUUGUCGCCCUUGACAAACUGGAGCUGGCGGAAGACGAUGACAAUGAACUGGAGAAUGACUAUGCAGCUCCAGUUGAUUCAAUGCAGGUAGAACUUCCUCCUUUGGAGCUCAACUCCAGGGUUUCUGUGAAGAUAGGAAAGAAUAUAGAGUAUGGGACAGUUAUAUUCUGUGAUGUCUUACCAGGAAACGAGAGUUUAGGAUACGUGGUUGGAGUGGACAUGGACAAUCCGAUUGGAAACUGGGAUGGAAGAUACAACGGACAGCAGCUCUGCAGUUUUGCGAGUGUCGAAAGCACACUGCUCUUGCAUAUCAACGAUGUUAUCCCAGAAGCCGUGUCUCAGGACAGGAGACCUCCCAAACUUGCCUUUACCUCUAGAGGUGGCUGUGACAAAGGAUUCAGUCACAGCAAGACGAAGUCUACAGGUGCACUCUCUGAGCCUGGAAGCAGAAACAGAUCAGAAUUCUUCUACGCCUUAAAUGGCUCUUCGGUGGAUUCCCAGUCGCAGGCGAAAUCGAAAAACUCAUGGUAUAUCGAUGAAGUUGCUGAAGACUCUGCAAAAUCCCUUAACGACUCGUCUCCCGGGUUUGGGCAUUCUUCGCCACCACUCCAGCCUCCUCCGACAAACAGUUUAUCUGCCGAAAACCGGUUCCAUUCUCUGCCUUUCAGCCUAACAAAGAUGUCCGGCAGUAACAAUGCUAUUGGACACAGCCCUCUUUCUUUAUCUGUUCAGUCGGUUAUCGGAGAGGGGAAUCCCGGGAACCCCCAGGACAGUCCGCCAUCGACAGUCAUGCCCGUCAACAUGCAUGGGCUCGAGGCAGGUUCCUUGGCCGAAGUGAAAGAGAACCCCCCUUUCUAUGGCGUAAUCCGUUGGAUUGGGCAGCCGCCAGGAUUAAAUGAAGUGUUAGCUGGACUAGAACUGGAAGAAGAAUGCGCCGGCUGUACAGACGGUACAUUUAAAGGGACUCGAUACUUUACAUGUGCGCCCAAGAAGGCUCUCUUUGUUAAGCUGAAGAGCUGUAGGCCAGAUUCCAGGUUUGCGGCGUUGCAGCCUGUAUCCAACCAGAUUGAACGCUGUAAUUCCUUAGCUUUUGGUGGCUAUCUGAGUGAAGUGGUUGAAGAAAACACCCCUCCAAAAAUGGAAAAAGAAGGCUUGGAAACCAUGAUCGGAAAGAAGAAAGGAAUCCAGGGUCAUUACAACUCCUGCUAUUUAGACUCCACAUUAUUCUGCCUGUUUGCGUUUAGCUCAGUUUUGGAUACUGUUUUGCUUAGACCAAAAGAGAAAAACGAUGUAGAGUAUUAUAGUGAAACUCAAGAGCUUCUGCGGACAGAAAUAGUCAAUCCUCUCAGAAUAUAUGGGUAUGUGUGUGCAACAAAAAUAAUGAAGUUGAGGAAGAUUUUAGAAAAAGUGGAAGCUGCUUCUGGAUUCACUUCUGAAGAGAAAGAUCCAGAAGAAUUUUUGAAUAUAUUGUUUCAUCAUAUUUUGAGAGUUGAGCCAUUAUUAAAAAUCAGAUCAGCAGGUCAAAAGGUACAAGACUGUUACUUUUAUCAGAUAUUUAUGGACAAGAAUGAGAAAGUGGGCGUUCCUACCAUUCAGCAGUUACUGGAGUGGUCUUUCAUCAACAGUAAUUUGAAGUUUGCAGAGGCACCCUCCUGUCUGAUCAUUCAGAUGCCUCGAUUCGGAAAAGACUUCAAAAUGUUCAACAAAAUUUUUCCUUCUCUGGAGUUGAAUAUCACAGACCUGUUGGAAGACACUCCUCGGCAGUGCCGGAUAUGUGGAGGGCUCGCAUUGUACGAAUGCAGGGAAUGCUACGAAGAUACAGACAUCUCUGCUGGCAAAAUCAAGCAGUUUUGCAAAACUUGCAAUACACAAGUUCACCUUCAUCCCAAAAGGCAGAGUCAUAAAUUCAAUCCAGUGUCUCUUCCGAAAGACCUACCUGACUGGGACUGGAGGCACGGCUGCAUACCUUGUCAGAAGAUGGAGCUGUUUGCUGUUUUGUGUAUAGAAACAAGCCACUAUGUGGCUUUUGUUAAGUAUGGCAAAGGCGACUCUGCCUGGCUCUUCUUUGACAGUAUGGCGGAUCGGGAUGGAGGCCAGAAUGGCUUCAACAUUCCUCAGGUGACUCCAUGUCCAGAAGUUGGGGAAUAUUUGAAAAUGUCUCUAGAGGAGUUGCAUUCCCUGGACUCGCGGCGGAUUCAAGGGUGUGCGCGAAGGCUACUUUGUGACGCUUACAUGUGCAUGUAUCAGAGCCCGACCAUGAGCUUGUACAAGUAAAAACUUGUCGUCUGGGAAAGGAGGACUCGGGCUUUUCAGUGGCCCCCGACCCUGGCGCAAGAAGGCUCUGCAGCGCUGUCCGUUCAAUUGCUGGCACGUCUGUUGCUGGCGGUGGAUGCUUCACGACGGUGGAAACAGAACGUCUGCAACGAAAGAAGCGAAUAUUUAAAGAGAGGAAGAGAUCUCCUACCAGUGACGUUCUGUUACUGAAGUACUUAAGCAUUUUGCACUCUAGGAAGUGUGUCUGUGUGCGUCCGUGUGUGUGUGUGUGGUGUUUUUAAUAAAAACGUCUAAAUGAAGCUAUGAAAAUAUUCAGGCUA